AAGAUCGUAGCUUUCCCAUUCGGUCUCUACAUCCAAUCAGUAACUAGUGAUGCCAAUAGUAAGAUACUGGGGGGAAAAAAAUAUCUCAAACGUUGGCGAUGAGGGGCGCAGGAGCCGCUGCAUUCUGCUAAACUUGUUAAACGUGGUUGUACAGUUUUAAAAAAAAAAAAACAGAAGUGCCGAUAUCAUCGCGGAUGUGGGCUAGAUCUUUUAACAACUGAUCUUGCUUAGCGGGGCGUCACAAACCCGGCCUGCAGCAGCAAUGAACCCGGAGGAGCAGACGGUCACCUGGCUCAUAUCCAUAGGGGUUUUGAAUUCACCGAAAAAAAUCAUUGCAGACGCAGAGGAGUUCUUGAAAUCGUGCUUGAAAGAUGGAGUGGUGCUCUGCAAACUCAUGGAGCGGCUUGUGCCGGAGUCUGUACAAAAGUUCUGUCAGGAACCGAAAAGCGAGGCAGACUGUCUGACCAACAUACGAGAGUUCCUCAAAGGCUGUUCAGCGUUAAAAAUUGAGGGGUUUGAAGCAGAACACCUGUAUGCUGGGGAGAACUUCAGCAAGGUGCUCAAUACGCUUCUGGCUGUCAACAUUGCCACACAGGAUCGAAUAGUAGAAAGAUCAUGUCAACGCUCCAACUCGCAAAGUCAUAGCCAACCUGCCUGCUCCCAGAGUGCAUUGUCUUCCAGAGCCACCAAGUCUUUGCGCAGACAAUCAAGAAACGGGGAAAUGACGGAGAACGGGGCUCAGCAGCAGCAGCAGCAGGCGGUGGUGAAGGCCCGGUUUAACUUCAAGCAGAAUAACGAGGACGAGCUUUCCUUCUCCAAGGGCGAUGUGAUCUGUGUGACGCGCAUGGAGGAUGGCGGCUGGUGGGAGGGCAACCUGAACGGAAGAACGGGCUGGUUCCCCAGUAACUACGUCAGAGAGAUCAAAUCAUCAGAUAAACCUGUGUCUCCCAAGGCUCUGAAGGGAUUCGACACACCUCAGCUUACAAAGAAUUAUUACAAUGUGGUAGUGCAGGAUAUCCUUGAAAAUGAACGCGAAUAUUCAAAAGAGCUUCAGACUCUGCUCACCAGCUACCUGAGGCCCCUGCAGUCCAGUGAGAAGUUGGCUACAGCAGAUGGUACUUGUUUAAUGGGGAACUUGGAAGAAAUUUUCACUUUUCAACAGAGUAUUUGUCAAACUUUGGAAGAAUGUGCAAAGCUCCCGGAAGCUCAGCACAGGAUAGGUGGCUGUUUGCUGAACUUGAUGCCUCAGAUAAAGUGCCUGUACCUGACGUACUGCUCGAACCACCCCUCUGCAGUCUGUGUGCUCACUGAUCACAGUGAGGAGUUGGAUAAGUUUAUGGAGAGCCAGGGGGCCAGCAGCCCUGGGAUCCUCACCCUGACCACCAGUCUGAGCAAGCCUUUCAUGAGACUGGACAGGUACCCCACCCUGCUGCAGGAGCUGGAGAGACACGUUGAGGAGUCGCAUCCUGACUACAGUGAUAUCCUGAAAGCAAUAGCAGCGUUCAAAAAUCUUGUGACGCAAUGCCAGGAUCUCCGCAAACGAAAAAAUCUGGAGCUCCAGAUCCUAUCGGAGCCAAUCCAAGGCUGGGAAGGAGAGAACAUGAGGUCCUUGGGCACCGUCCUGUACAUGUCACAGGUCAUGGUGCAGAGCGGGGCGAGCGAGGAUAAAGAGGAGCGAUACUUCAUGCUGUUUCCCACUGUUCUUCUGAUGCUCUCAGCCAGCCCGCGCAUGAGCGGGUUCAUAUACCAGGGAAAAUUGCCAUUAACGGGGAUGACUGUGACCAAACAGACUGACGACAGCGAGACAAAUCAGUAUGCCUUUGAAAUCACAGGGAACAUGAUUGAGCGCAUCACCGUGUGCUGCUGUAACCAGCAGGAGCUGCAGGAGUGGGUGGAGCAUUUGCACACUCUCACCAGAGGGGGCAGUCCAGGAGGAACAAUAAUAAAGAAUGUGGAAGGGAGGGCCAGCUCUGCUGUCAGCACUCCCUCCCACCAAACCUUCUCUCAGGUGUUCAGCGCCUCUAGCCGAGGCCCCCUGGAGCCCCCGAAGAUCGCCAAGCCCUGGUCCCUGAGCUGCCUACGACCAGCACCCCCACUCAAGCCCUCCGCCGCACUGGGAUACAAGGAAAGGAUGUCUUAUAUCCUGAAGGACUCCAGUAAAAGCCCAAGGACAAUGAAAAAGUUUCUUCCCAAGAGAAAAACAGAAAGAAAGACAUCAUCUGAUGAUGAAUUUCUGCUCAGGAAAAGUACUGCAGCUCUUGAGGAAGAUGCCCAGAUUCUGAAGGUCAUUGAAGCCUACUGCACUGGAGCCAGCUUUCACCACACCAUCAGCUCCAGUAAGGCUUCUCGAAAAGAGCCUGUCCCACAGGUGCUACUGCCUGAAGAGGAAAAGAUAAUUGUUGAGGAAACCAAGAGCAAUGGGCAGACUGUCAUAGAGGAAAAGAGUCUUGUUGAUGCUGUUUAUGCUUUAAAGGACGAGGUACAUGAAUUAAAGAAGGUAAUGGACCCUAUAGAAGUGUUUUUCACCCCCGCACCCCAAAUGAGAAAAGAGAAUUUUAACUCUGGAAAACAAAAGAAUGAGGCAGUGCUUGGAGGAAGAGCAGAAGUCUCGUAAGGAGUUAGAGAAAGUUGUGAGGAAAAUGAUGAAGCAGAAGAAUGACUGCACCUGGGAGGACACCAGCCAUUAACUUCACUGUCCACGCGGUGUUGUGCCUGUGUGUGCGUCUCUAUGUCUGUGUUUGCUCGAUUUGGUUGAAAGCUGCUGGCAGUUUCAGCGGAUUAACGUUUUCAAAAGGGGAAUUACUGGGAAGUGAAACUGGAUCGAAGUACCACUUUCUGGCAUUCCCUGUGCUCUGCGUUGGAAAUUGUGUUUAAGUUUUUACCCUUUUUUUCAAUUGGGGACGGGGGGUAUAGACUUGGUUUGAUAUGAGAAAAAAUAAGUUUUAUUGCAGACAAAAUAUUUUGCAAUCUCUCUCUCUCUCUCUCUCUCUCUCUCUCUCUCUCUCUCUCUCUCUCUCUCUCUCUCUCUUCCGAUAGUCGUAUUGAAGGAAAUACCUCGUUCGCUUCAGUCUCUGACUUGGGCUUUGCAGUAAAUUACAUUGGAAUUCCUGUCUUGCAACAAUUCCAGUCACCCCUGCUGGGUGCUGAGAAGAAGCUGUCUGCAUGGUCCACUACUGAAGAUAAAGAGAGAGUGUAACCGCUGCCUUCUGUCAUUCUCAAUUUCUGAAAUCUUCAAUCUGUGAAACUAGGGGCCGGAGAGCUAUUGAGUGCCUCUGAAGACUUGUGUUAUAAAAGCCAUCCAAAAUUCAAUGCAUCAAAUGAUGCAAAAUGCCAGCAGUGCUCUUGUUAAAUACGCAAUUGCAUGCACAGCUUUUUAGAUAGGAGGUACGAAGUAGAAGUUUCAGCCCCUCCAGGAUCCAGUCAAGGUCUGCAUUGGGCUGUUGAUAGUCCACCAGACUUGACAGUUUUAAAAUCCUGCAAGCAGCUGUUUGAAUUGUGGUCUUUGUGUGUAUGUAUGUAUGUAUGUAUGUGUGUAUGUGUGUGUGUGUGUGUGUGUGUAU